AUAUACCGGAUGUACCGGCGGUCGCGUCAUUUUCAAGCGACAAAAGCGCGGCGUCUUAUCCGCGACCGGUUCACUCGUCGAUCGUCGCGUUCACCGACGCGGCGUCUCGUCUUCCCAGCUUGAUCUCCCGAUCUCGGAGAUAUAGAGAGGGAAAGAGAGAACGGCGAUUUCUCACGUCGCGGCCGCGCCGGCUGGAUCAUCGUAUCGCUCGAGAUCGAGCGGAACGGACGGACGGAUCUCGGCUCCGCGAUCGCGCGUUCAUCGGUCUCCGCAAAUUAGUUUUAUACGGUAUAUCGGUGCAUCACUGAUGAUGGAGAAGAUACGCGUGCUGGCCCUGCGCGAGAUGUGCACGAGGACGCGGAGCUACGACGACCGCGAGACGGCCACGUGUUUGUUGACGACCGACGAUGCGAGCUGCGCGAAAGUUACGAGGAGGAGUCGCACGUCAGGCAGCUACUCACCAUUCUCUCGCAUCCAAAUUGAAAAGCGGCGUGAAAAGUCUCAAGGACUGCGGAGCAAAAUUUAUUCCAGAAUCCUGAUUCCACCGUUGACUACGAAGACAUUACAUAAGGAUCUGGCAGAUAUGUCUCGAGUCCCUCUCAUGGCACCUUAUGAGAGCGGUUUAUACGUCGUAGAUCGUCAAAAUGUCGUGAUACUUGAGGUUGGAUUACCUGGCGAUUCAUGGACGUAUUGCGUUGAGAGAGAACGACUGGCCAAAUGUUCGGAAUGGUUUCGGGCGAUGCUUACAGGUCCGCUCGCACCACCAGUGACAGAUUCGCCGCCGUUGUUACGAUUGAAACACGUUGACAAAAGGGCGUUUGAUAAUGUCCUCAGAUAUUUUCACAACGAGCCUGUCAAUUUUAAUUCGGUGUCAACGGCCAGAGCCACGCUCGACGCGGCUCAUCAGUACCUUUGUGUGGGGGUCGCGAGUCUCGCCGUAUCGUAUCUCGAGGAGCACCUGACACCGUUGACCGUACUCGAGAUUUAUCACGGUCUUGGAUUCUAUGCGAACGAACUGCAGGAGGGUGAUCCCUUUCAUAGAUCACCUGAUUCGGCAACGUCUUCGCCCGAGGAUCACGCCGGUUUGAUAGCUGCUAAGUGCACCAAACUUCUGCUCAAGUGUCUGGAUGUAAUCGAUUUGAAUUCGGCGAACAUCCUGCAACAAGAAAAUUUCGAGGAGCUCAGCGCCCAGGAGAUCGCCCAGAUAGCGCGCCGCGACACUCUGUACAUCACCAGCGAGUGCAUCCUUUUCUCCGCCUUGGAUAGGUGGGCCACGGCCGAGUGUAGAAGACAAGGCAUGGAACCCCUGCCGGCCUGCAAGAGAGAAGUACUUUCGGACGACAUCUGUUUCAGCGUGCGGUAUCUUCUUAUGAACGACCGGGAAUUUGUCAGCGGCCCUAUGGCGAGCGGUAUCCUGACUAACGAGGAGUGCGCCUACAUCGUCUCUAAAAUACUCAGGCAUCCCGAGAAGAACGAUAGCCUUCGGAAUCGCACGGUCAUUCCUCCGUCCAGGUUGUCCAGUGCACCUAGGAUCAAACGCAAGGAUGAGAGCUGCGGCAUGUUUAGGCCUGGUAAAAAAGAACGACAGGAUAAUCGAAAGAAUAGAAGGAGAGAGUGUGCCAGUCAAGGGCAGAGGACUUGCGCUAGAAUAGGAAAUUGCCUCGUACAAAUUCUAGCUUGCGUGUUUGACUAAACAUCACACUAUGAAUUACGAUUAAUCGCAGAACUUCCAAAUUUUCACAAAAGAUAUUCCUUUAUUUAUCUCUCUACAUCACUUUGUUUUUCCGGCUACAAAUUCUACCUGAGGAAGUAAGGCAUAAAAUAAUUAAUAAAAUGCGAUAUGGAAGCUUAAAGAACGUUUAAAAAAAAUAAUUAUAUGCACAUAUACAUUUAUCUAUAUAGCAGUCAAGUUAAAUCCAUGGAAGAUAUUCAGUAUAACUGCAUAAUUUAAGUAAAACUCAGUGUAAAUAUAUCUUUUUAAUAUUUUUUAUGAUGUUUUUUUUUAUGGAUGCAGAAAGACACAAGUGAUUUCUAUCAUUGCCAGAAUAUCGUAAUCAGCUAGAAAUGUUGAUCAACAUAUAUACAUAUAGGCAAUAUUUUUGAAGGCAAAAGAGACUGAGAUAUUGAAAAGAACAUUUUUAAUGUUUUUAGAGGAGUAUUUAGAUCUUCGAUGGACACUUUUAUUGAUGAGGACACUAUUUUAGGAAAACGGAGAGAUUGCACGUUCGUUAAAACUUUGUCCAUCGCGUGAAAAUUUAAAACUAUGUUGUGCGUCAACUUCCAUUAACAUUAUAAACUCAUCGUCGUUUUACGCACGUUUUGCUACGCACGUUCUUUUUGAGAGAUAUUUUAGCCUCUUGCUUAUAAACUCGCGCAAGAUCUGUUGCUACAACAGGAAUUUUUCGCUAUAGUCGAUGGACAAAGCCGGGACUUUUGUUUAAGAUUGUUACGAGGUAAUGCAUUUUACAAGGAAACGAGAUUUUGAUUCGAUCGUCGGAAAGAAAAAUUUCAUUUGUACGUAUAUAAAUUAUUAGUCCAAUUAUAAUGUACCUUUCUCAUAAGCGCCUUUCCCAAAGAUUUUUUUGUAAAUUGAAUGUACGAGAGUAUUGUCUACGUUAUUAGAAAUGCGUGACCUGUUGAGUGUUAUUACGACAUCUUCGUUGUGUUCAUAUUUGCUGUUCAGAGUAUAUAAUCUUUAAAUUAUUUGUAUUCUGCGCAAAGCUGCGGCUAAGAAUACGCGAGAGUUGACGCGUUCAAGGAUAUAUAAUAUUGUUUUGUAAGAGUCAAGUUGAGAGAGAGAGUUGUCAAGUAUUUAUGUAUCCGAUUACCAAUUGAUUUUUGAAAAUUUUAUCUUUCUUAUCCAAAGUCUCCACAGUUUUUUGAGAGUAUCUAAUAUGCGUUUCAUAAUGAAUAUAAAAAUGUGAUUAUAAGUUGGUAAUACUUUAAAACAAAAGUUUCUGAAAAUGAAUAUCAUAUAUGCGAUAAAUGUGACGCAUUAUUAGAUAACAGUUGUUUUAUAAUGAUGAACAAUUGGUAAAUUUUUAUAGUUUUGUAAGAAAAGGACAUUGUUUGUAAAAGAAGGAUAUCGUUGCCAUAUACAAUUACUAUUUUUAAUUGGAUUAUUGACUACACUGAUUAUGUAUAACAAAACUUGCAUCUUUAGCAGCGUGCUUUAGAUAGAGUUACAGACUGAUCGCGCGACCAUGCUUAUAUAUUUAAAAUCUCUGUGAUCGUCGAGAGAACGGAACCACUUAAAAACGGAAGAAUUCAAGCGGUUUCCGACACGUCUCUCCUCCUCUCCCCUGCCCAUAUUUUUAUUUACACAAAACUUACGAAAUAUUGAUAUUAUUUUCUAUCUUUAUUGUAGGUCUAAUAAAAAAAAAAGCACGAUUAUACACGAUGUAAGUCUAACUUUGUAGCGUAUGAUAGUGCUGCGAAAAAUUAUGAAUACUAGUCAUACAGAUUUACUUUCCAAAUAAUUCAGUUACCAGAUACACUUCUUAUUUCUUGUACGUCAAAAGCGAAAUAUGUUAACAAUUCGUGAACAAAAAUAAAAUGUGUAAAAUAACAAAGCAUAGAUGGUAAUGUAUAUUGUAAUUACAAAUUGAUAUUUAGUAAGAAGUGUGCCACGUAAGUAGUAAAAUGUUGGCUGAAGCUUGUAAGGGAGCAAUGAUGAAUAAAAGAACAUUGAGUAUAUAA